CCUAUUACAAGUGUAUUUAGUCAGUCGACAUCAAAGUCUUUUGAAGAAAAAGUCAAGUCAGGAGAAAUAAAAAUGGCAUGUUUUUUAGCCAAAAAUAACCUCCCAUUCAACAUCGCCGAUGAUCUAAAGAAUCUUGUUCAGUCGGUUUGUCCAGAUUCGGAACUAGCAAAACAUAUCACCUUUGGAAGAACAAAAGCACAUGCAAUAAUAACUAAUGUCACUGGAAAAGUUUCAUAUGAAGAAUUAGUAGACCGAUUGCGAAAAGAAAAAUUCUCAUUAAUAGUUGAUGAGAGCACAGAUCGAUCGACUACUAAACACAUGGCUCUUGUUGUAAGAACUGCAAUGGAUUUUAAUGUUCAAGAUAAUUUCUUGAGUUUGAUACCUGUAACAGAUUGUACCGCCGUUGCAUUGCAUCAAGCCUGCAAGGAUUUUUCCGAAAAAGAGAAUAUUCCCUAUAAAGAGAAUAUGAUAGGUUAUGCGUUCGAUGGAGCCAAUAAUAUGUUUGGACGACAUCAUUCUUUAGCUGCCCUAUUCGCAAAAGAUAUACCAAAUUUAUUUUUGAUGAAGUGUAUUUGUCAUUCCUUCCAUCUAUGUGCUUCUAAUGCUUGUCGAUCGUUGCUACGAAGGGUAGAAGAUUUCGCGAGAGAUGGUUACAGCUAUUCGAAGAACAGCCCUAAGCGACUGGGCGACUAUAAAGAAUUUCAAAAUCAUUUGAAUAUUAAGCCCAAUAAGCUCCUACAUCCAUCACAGACAAGAUGGCUUUCUUACUUCCAGUUGUAAGAAGGCUUUUACAGCAACUACCUGCACUAAAAUUGUAUUUUCAAAGUGCUGUUUUGCUUGACCGAUUACUUGCUGCAAAUUCGAUUUUCGAAAAAUGUAUGGCUCCUUCGACAGAAUUGUACUUAGAGUUUUUGAGUUUCGUUUUAACUUACUUUCAUGACUUGAACAAAGAAAUGCAAUCCGAAAAACCAAAACUAUUUAUCUUGUAUGAACAAAUUUUUUCGACUUACAAAACACUAUUAGAAUGUUUUAUUAAGCCAGAGCAAAUGGAGUUGACUGAUGAAGAGAGAGCCAGAAGUAAAGAUCAUUCUGCAAGUUUGGAAAGUAAAAUCCUAAAUUUAGAUUACGAGUCAAGAGAAAAUCAUCUACCUAUUGAAGACGUAUACUUGGGAGGUCAUAUUUCAGCUUUGUUAUUGCAAGAGGACUUUUAUCGUAGUAUGGGGUAAGAGGAAAUCCAGCAAUUUAGAGAAAAAUGCAUUCUUUUUUAUGUUACAAGUAUUACAGAAAUAAGAGAUCGCUUCCCGUUCCAAGAUUUAGAAAGACAGCGAUUGAAGAAUCUGCAUUUUCUUAAUCCUCAAUAUUUAAUUGAGCGAAAACAAUCUGUAAAAUCUAUUGCGCAUUUGAAAAAAAUUGUUUCCAGAUUUAUGUCCUACAAACUUAACUGAGUUAGAUAGAGAAUGGAGGCUCUUACGCAAUACAACUCUUCCUUUUAAAGCUGAGCAAAAUAUCAAAGUUGAAGACUUCUGGCAUCACAUAUCUCAAAUGAGAAAAGGAGGUGAUACACAGAUGUUUCCAUUAUUGAGCCAGUUCGUAAGGAAAUUGCUUGUUCUUCCACACAGCAGUGCUAAUGUCGAGAGAUUGUUUUCAGCAGUUAACUUAUUGAAAACUAGUAGUCGAAACAAUCUAUCCACUGAUACUCUGUAGGGAUUACUGCACACAAAAAGAUUUAUAAAUAAGAAUACUGAGCAACCUACACCGACUGAAGAGCAUUAUAAAUUAUUUAAUAAAAAUGUGUAUUCUUUUAAAGAAUAAAAUAAU